GUAGACCGUCAUUUGAGAAAAUUGGACCAGGAACUCGCUAAAUUUAAAAUGGAACUUGAAGCAGAUAAUGCUGGAAUUACAGAAAUAUUAGAGAGACGGUCUCUGGAGCUGGAUACACCAUCACAGCCUGUGAAUAACCAUCACGCCCAUUCUCACACUCCAGUAGAGAAAAGGAAACACAAUCCAUCUUCUCACCAUAGUACAACAGAUCAUGUUCCUGAAAAGAAGUUUAAAUCUGAAGCCCUUCUAUCUACCCUGACUUCAGAUGCUUCUAAAGAAAGUGCACCAGGGUGUCGAAACAGUAAUUCAUCAUCCUCUUCAAACAAUGCAUACAAUACAAACUCUUCUCAACCAUUGGCAUCAUAUAACCUGGGCUCAUUAUCUUCAGGAUCUGGGGCCGGUGCAAUUACCAUGGCAGCAGCCCAAGCAGUGCAAGCCACGGCACAGAUGAAAGAAGGAAGACGAACUUCCAGUCUAAAAGCCAGCUAUGAAGCAUUUAAGAACAAUGAUUUUCAGCUUGGAAGAGAAUUUUCGUUAUCCAGAGAUUCAACUGGAUAUUCAUCGUCAGCUCUGGCAUCUACAUUAACACAGACGUUAAGUUCAUCAACCACAGAUUCACGAAGUGGCAGAAAAAGCAAAAACAACAACAAAUCCUCAGGUCAGCAGUCCUCAUCAUCUUCCUCUUCUUCGUCUCUGUCAUCGUGUUCUUCUUCAUCUGCACUAGCACAAGAACUGUCUCAGCAAACAGCAGUAAUACCGGAGUCUGAUUCUAAUAGCCAGGUUGACUGGACCUAUGAUCCAAAUGAGCCACGUUACUGCAUUUGUAAUCAGGUGUCCUAUGGUGAAAUGGUAGGCUGUGAUAACCAAGAUUGCCCGAUUGAGUGGUUCCACUAUGGAUGUGUUGGACUGACAGAAGCACCGAAAGGGAAAUGGUACUGUCCACAGUGUACAGCUGCAAUGAAAAGAAGAGGCAGUAGGCAUAAAUAAGCUUCUUCAUCUGGAAGACAAAUUACAUACUAGAGGUUUUAUAGAGGACUUGGGAGGGGGAGGAACCCCAACCGCACUUCCUUGCAACCACUCAAGGGUUAACAUAGCAGUCAUAAGAUCUUGAACUAUUGAUUUUGCUGGUUGUGUUUUAAUAUUGUAAGUAGAUUAUUUAUGCACAUUGAUGUGCUACAGACUAUUGCAGUGAGCCUUGGAUUGUUCCAGUGGCCAACAUAUGCAGACAUUUGUACUAUCACACCAUUUUCUCUAAGCAGUGGGCAUUCUAUAAUUACUCAAUCUUCAAAAAAUUCCAGUAAGUCAAGAUUUUAAAUGUAUGUUUUAUAUUCAACAGAUAGAUUCUGCUGCAUGUACUGUACUCAAGAGCUGUUAUGUAACACUAUGUAUAUAAAUGGUGCAAAAAGUCAGUGCUUCUGAAAAAAAAAAAUGAGACAAUGGUUUUUAAAAUGCCUUUAUAGCUUUGGUUCUUUAUGAAACUUAAUUCAGCAGGCUGAAGAAAAUGGUUCUUGUAUACAGCGGGCUGUUGUCCUCUAGGGUACUUGAGUAUGUAAAAACAAAAAAAAUGCUGUAGAAUAAAACAAACUUGUGCCAUUAGUCUUUAUAUGUUUCUGCUCCAGAGAAGGCGCAGGCUGUAAGAGGAAAAAAAGGUGUUAAAGUGAUGAUAAAUUUUUAUACCAAAUGUGUUUAUUUUUUUGUGCAAGUAAUCCUUUAAAUUUGAAUUGUAUUAGGUGUUAAAAUAAAACAACCUCAACUCCUCAAA